AUGGCAGCCGCGGGUGGUGGGCCAUCGUCGGCCUUUGAGAGCUCGACGUUUGGCCGCAACUUCUCCAUUGCCGUCGACGACGACAUUGGCGCUGCCAGCAUCAGCCCAGCUGGGCGUGACAUUGUGCUCGCGAGCAGGAAUGGGCUGCGUAUCAUUGAUCUAGACAAUCCUUGGUCGCUGCCGCUCUUCAUUCCCAACCAGUCUUCCUGGGAUGUCGCCGACGUCCAGUGGUCGCCUUUUGCUGCGAGGGCAGAGUGGAUCGCCUCGACGCGCAACCAGCUGGCGCUCGUCUACAACCUGUCCAUGCCUUACAACAACAAGAAGGCACCGAUUGAGUACACGCUGCGCGCCCAUGACAGGGCAAUCACAGACAUCAACUUCUCUGCCCACCAUCCUGACCUCCUCGCCACGUGCGGCGUGGACAGCUUCGUUUUCGUGCACGAUUUGCGAAGUAGCCAGGCUCCGCUCAAGCUUGCGGACUUCACCGCGGGAGCAACCCAGGUCAAGUGGAACCGCCAAAAUGACAAGAUCAUUGCAAGUGCCCACGACAAGUACCUUCAUAUCUGGGACACCCGCCGUGGCGCUACUCCCCUCUCCACCAUCGCUGCCCAUAGCACCAAAAUUUACGGCAUAGACUGGAACCGUAAUGACCCCAAGAAAAUCAUGACUUGCUCGCUAGACGCUACCAUCAAGCUUUGGAACAACGUGGGCUUCACGGAUGGCAUCACCACGCCGCGACGUGUCAUCCGCACUCAUUACCCUGUGUGGAGGGCGCGCCACACACCCUUUCCUCACGGCAUUCUAGCCAUGCCCCAACGCGGCAACUCAAGUUUGUGGCUCUACAAGCACGUCAAUGACAGCAGUGAGGCGACGUUUACCAAUAGCCCCGCGCAUGACUUCCAAGGCCACGAGCCUGAUGCCCAAGUCCGCGAGUUCUUGUGGCGCUCACGAGGUUCUACUGACAACGGCAUCGACGAUCGCGACUUCCAACUCAUCUCUUGGGGCACUGACAAGCAUCUGCAAUUCCAUCGCCUCUCUCCGGAGCUGCUCGAGAGCAGCGUGGGUUUUCGCAAAGGAGAGCCUCUGAUUGAAAAGCCAAGUGCCACUCGCAAGGGCGCCAGCUAUGUCACCUUCCGCGACGGCCCUGCAGCUGCAGCGACUCCGACCACCCGAGACGAGUUUGGUCCUCCUCGCAAUCAGCGCAAAGGCAACCUUUCUACCCUUCUGCAGAACUACACGCUCAACGAUGACGUCUUCACUUCACGCACCAGGGGCCAAACUAAACCACGAGUCCACGUCGAGACGCUUCCGCGAGAGACGAUGACAGCGCAGCCUAUCCGUCGCAACGACCCACGCGUUGUCACACACAUUACUUGGAUGGACGGCGUCAAGUUCGGCGAUCGACACAACAAUGUCAACGAUUUUCGAGCUCGACCUAACCAGUAUGACCGCGAAGAGAAGUACCCGUACCAGGAACAGAAUGACCUAGGUGCUGAGAUUUCUUACGUUGGGAACAAGUACAAGAAACUCACCUUUGAACAUAUCAAUGUUCCAGGACGUUGCAUAACCGUCUCCUUCAACGGCCCCUGGGGUGACUAUGACAUGAAUACUGAGGACCUCAAACUCGUCUUCCUCCGAUUCACAAUCAACUUUCCGGCGGGCUACCCGAAGAACAUUGAGCGCUCACUACCAGGUGCCCUCCCCACCAGGAUUUUGACCCCCUUGGAAAUUGAAUUCGAGAGGACCACGGCUUCAAUCAGCAGGGAGAACCAGGAUGAAUUGACCGACAAGAUGAAUCUCAUCGCCGAAGCUUGCGCGGAACAGGAGCGGGAAGCACUGGAGGCCGUCCUUUCAUACGCCCUUGGAGAACGCGGACUGGACGACAGCCUACACCUUGCCGAGGAGAACCAGCCGUUGGAGGAUCUCGGGCCACUGCCAGGAGGAGAGAGUUCCAGUGAGGAUGAUGAACACGAGGGCGAGUUUGCAAAUGAUGUUAUGCAAUCUUCUCAUAUGAAUGCUAACGUUCCUCUUGCCAUCCAGUGUUCAGUCCGAUUCUCGGUCAAUGGAUCCCUCGUAGUCGCCAGGAUACCAUCCACAAAAUCUGCGCCCGGCCUGGAUACGAUUCAGUUCCGAAUCACUAGGAAUCUUCGCCCCGGUCCCUCCAAAGACGACAUCUUCGAAUCAUUCGGUCGAUUUGCAACUCAGCGCCCCGACGACUCGGAUGGUGCAUCGUCUCCAUCAUCUUCUGUCGGCUCCUGGGAAACAUCAAGCUCGCCUUCGUCUUCGUCCGGUUCGGAUCAGGCGGGAAAUGCACACAUUGGGAAUUUUCAGCCUCCUCUGGCAUGGCAGAAAGCGGCGUCUAGGUUCCAAUCGCGGAACUCACUUCCCUCUUCAUCCGGUGCUGUGAAACCCCCAGCAAAAACUAGGUCCAUAGUGUCCAUUCUUCGUUCGGCAGUUGAUGAUCUGGUCCCUAGUAAGCGAGUUCUUGCGGAGGAAUACCGGAUUUUUGGCCCUGGACCAGAGAUAUGUGAACAUAAUUCCAAGGUAGCGAGGAUACACGGACUGGAGGACCUGGCGGACAUCUGGAUGCUUUGCAAACUGAUUUUGAGUAAUGAGGUACCUUUGGAAAUACUACCCCAGACACACCGGAGGGACCAGGUUCUUGUGCUUGCCCGGAGAGCCCUCGUGAGAAUCAAACGUAAAGAUAGUGGCCUGGACCUCCAGUUUGAUGAGGCAGACACCGUGACUAACCCCAGGCUGAAAGGAAGGAUCAAAUGGGGAAACCAUACCGUCGUGACCUGGUUGAUACCCGCUUUGUUUGACCACUUCGAAAGACUUGCCGAUACCCAGAUGCUUGCCAUGUUGUCGUGUAUCUUUGCGGAACCUGCCGCACGUGAAGGAGUGACGUCUGCUAUGGCCAGGAUGCGACAGUCCCAGCUACCUAUGUCAAUGGAGGCGCCUGCCUUCUCGCUGGACUAUUUCUCCUCAGCCGAUGCUGCGUGGAGUUUAUUCAGACCUACAAUCUCUGUCCCGUCGAUAACAUCAAAUUCACGAUUUGCGACUCCCAUGAACGAAUUUGGGUGGCAGAAACUAGCAAAGAACUUUGACACGUAUGGAAGUCACGGUAGUUCCAAUGGGCCGUGGGGAAGCGACACAGUCAAUUCGGAGCCCCUUACACCCUACUCGACCGGCAACACGCCGCCGAUCAGGACGUCAACAACGAGAAAUACGCCAACAGCCACCCAAACGCCGUAUUCCACAUCGCCCGAGCAAAGCCAUACGGCUCUCAAGAGGAGCUCGACGGCGAACUUCGCGAGCGCAGUAGCUGCGCUAUCACGACCGUUUGCAAACGCCCUCUCCUCUUCGCCGCCAGUCAAGUCCCGCACCGAUGAUCUUUCUACUUCUGCACCGAGCGGGGUUACUUGGGGGACAACAACAUUCUAUGGCAAUGAAACCCAAGAUAGACGCAGCCUAGCACCUUCACGUUCGAAGCACGGCAAAAGAGCGAGCUUUGGGCAAGCGGAAAAUAUCAUUGACGUGGACAACAUCUACGACUCGGAUUCCGACUAUGAUGGACUCAACGAUGAUGGCGGUACCCCUUAUGAUGGUGCAUCGGAGUAUGGCCUACCUGCAACGCCUAGGGACAAUGACGACCAGGAUGGCGUGAAGCCGAUCAAAGUCACGCUUAAAAAUCAGGAUCAAUUUGACGAUGAGGCAUGUGUGAGCAGGCCGCUAUUGGACAUGAGCAAAGGUUGGCUGCAUCGCGCGUGGAGAGAGCAGUAUGCCGAGAUGCUGAGCUGCUGGGACUUGGUCAGUCAGAGAGCUGAGGUACUAAAGUUCAACGGCUUGGUAUCUUACUUUCCGCCCGAGGGCCCUCGGGCCAGCUCUAGAGCGGGCUCAACGUACCUGGCGCUGAAGAGGGAUAGGGACGAUGACAAGGAUGACGCAAUGCCCAGACACCUUUCGCGAGCUUCAACGACUCUAGUACCGCUGUCAAACACAACAGGACAAUUGAAGCGCUCGCCCGCGUCAUCGCUGAGGCGAUUUUCCUUCAAUCCAGAAGCCCAAGAGUUCCAGCCAAGCACUACGGCUGUGAUGGAGAUGGAGGAGUUUGCGCCACCACCAGACGUGUUCAUCUCUCCCGAGCAAUAUCUGCAACUCUCAAUCCCAGCACAAACCCCGUCGAAAGAGCUUGAUGAGGGCCUCGCUGGGCUCGGCACUUCGCCAGGUCAAAACAAGCUACAUCCUCAACAGGGUAAAAAUGGCAGGCCUAGCCUAUCGCGAGCCACUUCAAUCGUCUCUCGCACGUCAUCCUGGGGCGUCGACCACCUACCUGUCACUAUUUCCAACUCUGCUGCUCCAAAGCCCUCUCUCUCUGAGCCCAUAUACAGCUGCAGCAUCUGCUGGAUCCGUGUUUCUGGGCGCUUCUAUCUCUGUCCUGCCUGCGGCCACGUCGCCCACUUUGACUGCAUGGAUGACGAGCUAGGCAUGGAAGACGGCGAAUGCGUAGUCGGCUGCGGCUGUGGCUGUGGCCUCGAAGAUAAUGACGAGAGAAGUAGAAUGGAGGCCUACAUCGAAGAGGUCAGAGCUGCCAAUGCUGCUGGUGUUGCCUGGGAAGAAGGUGGCGAAUGGCUGCAGAUGGCUUCGCAUAGCCAGCCGGCAACGCCAGGCUUGUAUGCGGAGAGUAUCUACAGCGACUUUAUGACGGGAGCGGCGAGUAAGAUGGUAGGAGGCAAUGAAGACGAGAAGAGGAGGGAGAGACUAGCGGGAAGGGAUAAGGCCAAUAGUCCGACGCCGACUGCGAAAAAGAAAGAUAAGGGGAAGAAGAAGAAGACGACUAGGGCUUCAGGAUUGAGCUAUUACUGA